UGAUUUCUUCUCAAUCCAUAGAAUCAAUGAAUAAUAGAAUUGUCUCUCUCUCCUCUCUCCUGAUAGGAUAUAGGACUGGACAAAGGCAAGGGAAAGAAUAAGAAGACGAGAAGGUUAGUUGCCGGAGUGGGCAAUAGGUCCUAAAGUGGAUUAUGGACAUACCAGUCUAGCUAUUAUCUAGUAAUAAGGACAGAAAUACAAGAAAAUCCGUUAAUGAACUACCCAGAGGUUUGUGUUAAUUAGUUCAGGACAGAGGCGGAGGACAACGUCUACAACCCUUACGUGGACAAUAGGCACCAACAAAUAAGGAAUCUAAUAUUUCCCUGGACACUGACUUACAUAAAUGAGCGUUCCUAAGAAUCUAUUUUUCAUACUAUGUUAUUUGCCUCUCAACUUUAAUGAAAUCCAAGUAGUCAACUAUUCCAUAAUUGAGUAUUAAGGUAAACACACUCCUUUAGUAUUGAUAUUAUUCUUGUAACCAAAGUCUGAGUUACAUAUUCUAUUUCUUUCGUUUUGUGAAAUCUUUCUAUCCUCCAUUCUAUUGAUUGAUAGGAAAUGCAAUGAUCUAUUUAGUGCUCAAAUCUUCAUUCCAAUAAUCUAGCAGUAAGGAGUGAGUUCUUAUAUACUUUCUUUGGUUGGAAAACCCAACGCCAAGUCUCUAGUUGUCUCCUUUCUCUUUUCGGGGGAGCAGAGCAGUCAAAGAAUGGAAAAGGAAAUGAUUCUUCAUUCAUUAUCAUGGCGAUUCCUCACAAUUGCUCCUUGUGAUGCUGCGGAACCCUGGCAAUUAGGAUCUCAAAAUGCAGCAACACCUAUUAUGCAAGGAAUCAUUUACUUACAUCAUGAUAUCUUUUUCUUCCUUAUUCUGAUUUUGGUUUUCGUAUCACGGAUCUUGGUUCGCGCCUUAUGGCAUUUCCACGAGCAAACUAAUCCUGUUCCGCAAAGGAUUGUUCAUGGAACUACUAUUGAGAUUAUUCGGACCAUAUUUCCAAGUAUCAUACCGAUGUUCAUUGCUAUACCAUCGUUUGCUCUAUUAUACUCAAUGGACGAGGUAGUAGUAGAUCCAGCCAUUACUAUUAAAGCUAUUGGACAUCAAUGGUAUUGGACUUAUGAGUAUUCGGACUAUAACAGUGGAGAUGAAGAGUCACUCACUUUUGACAGUUAUAUGAUUCCAGAAGAUGAUCUAGAAUUGGGUCAAUCACGUUUAUUAGAAGUUGACAAUAGAGUGGUUGUACCAGCCAAAACAAAUCUACGUAUGAUUGUAACACCUGCUGAUGUACCUCAUAGUUGGGCUGUACCUUCUUCAGGUGUCAAAUGUGAUGCUGUACCAGGUCGUUCAAAUAAUACCUCUAUUUUUAUACAACGAGAAGGAGUUUACUAUGGUCAGUGCAGUGAGAUUCGUGGAACUAAUCAUGCCUUUACGCCCAUCGUCGUAGAAGCAGUUUCUUUGAAAGAUUAUGGUUCUCGGGUAUUCAAUCAAUUAAUCCUCCAAACCAACUAACCCGUGGAAGCGGAAGCAAUAGUAGGGUGAGGGAAGUGGGAAGCUCAAGGAAGGCUUCGCUCGCUCAAUUCGCUCGGUGGAGUGCAUAAGCCCUAUUUCUUUUAUUGAAGUAGUAGAGGCCUAACUACACGAGCUCGUAAGUCAGGAACGAGUCUUGUAUACGAACAGCUUCCCCUAGUCUUCUGUGCUUCUGGCGAAGCUUAACGCACUAUUCUAAUAUAGGCAUUAGAGGCUAACUCCUUUUAAGGCCGACCACUACAUAGGAGCGAUAGCGAAGCCAAGCCGUAUAAAGGCGAGCAGCCCUUAUAGCAAUAGCAAACGGCCUACUUAUAGCCCUAUUUCGUUUUAG